CUGUUCAGUUUCUUCUCGGUCCUCCCCUCUUCAUGUCUCUCACUCUGUAAAGGCAUUGUUGGUUGAUUUUCGCAGCUCGAUCGUGCAUUCGCCGGCCUGAUUCUUCCUCUCAAAAGCAAUUCGAAGUUCGUUGUAUUGAUUCCCCAGCUCAGAGAUGGUUAUCCUACCGCCAGCCAAGCCACCGAGAAUAAUAAACUUUCUCAAGCCUUAUGUCCUGAAGAUGCAUUUCACUAACAAGUUCGUAAGUGCCCAAGUGAUCCAUUCCCCUACUGCUACUGUCGCGUCUUCAGCAAGCUCGCAGGAGAAGGCUUUGAGACCAAGCAUGGACUCGACUCGAGACGUGGCUGCAGCUGCGAAGAUAGGAAAGAUACUGGGAGAGAGGCUGCUGCUCAAGGGCAUCCCUGCUGUCGCCGUCCACUUGAAAAGAGAACAAAAGUAUCAUGGCAAAGUUAAGGCGGUCAUCGAUUCUGUGAGAGAAGCAGGUGUGAAGUUGCUUUGAGAACUCCUGAACUUAUUGUCCGUAUGCGUCUUAAAACUUGUGACCUUUGUUCCAAGUUAUCUUCACUUGAGAAAGAUGACAAUAAAAGAGAGUGCAUGAGAUUUUUAUGUUAAAGGCUUCUUAUAUUGAUUUCUUCUUAGUAA